CCUAUAUUAGAAAAGAUCUGACCGACCUGAUCAGGUCCCGCGGGACCCUGACCAUGUGGCGUGCAUGGUACUGAGUAUAUUAGAGUAAAGCUUUCCGUGGACCUGAAGUGAGGUUGUGAUGGGUUUCAUCAUUGUGCUGUUUCGUUCAACUUAUCCCUGAGCCUGUGUGUAUUUCGUCGAUAUUCUUGCAUUCAACAUACGCCAUCUCCAAGCCACUGGUAUAUCCUACAAUGCAGUCAUUCACACUCCCCCUCCCGAACAAUGCUACGGUGGCCGGCAUACACUCGAUUCCAGACCCGAACACAUCUCUCCGCCAUCGUCCACUGAUUGUUGCCUUGCACGGUGGGACUUACGACUGCCAUUAUUUUGAUGGCACGCCAGACUGUUCCGCCUCCAGAGCAAGUAUUGCUUUCGGCGUCCCGUUCGUGUCUAUUGACCGACCUUGCGUUGGUGGAACCAGCUCAUUUCUACCCGUCCCGGAGGGAUCGAACUUCAAUCAAGAGACUGGGCGCUGGUUGCAUAGCUAUAUCCUCCCAGCCUUAUGGUCCAAGUUCGGCGGCGGUUGCAAUUGCAUUGUCCUCCUGUGCCAUAGUCUUGGUGUCAUGGGAGGCACCGUCGCUGCGGCGAUGCACGCACAGGAUGAGAAGCCGCGAUAUCCACUCGGAGGGCUAAUCGCAAGCGGAAUGGGUGACAAGUUGGCGCCAUCGGCAAAUAGCUCUCCUCCACCCGUGUAUGAGAAGGUCAGCUCGGAUUACGUUUCGAUGCCUGCGGAUGUCAAGGAUAGAAUAAUGUUCAAGCCAGGAACCUGUAGUUCAGAAGUUCUGGCUCACAGUGACCGCCUGAAUGCAGCAAUGCCCCUUGUGGAGUUACAACAGUUUCCAACUAUUUGGCUUCCUACAUGGCGAGAAUAUUGGGCGAAGCAUGUCGUAGCACCCGUUAUGUUCGCACUCGUGGAGGACGAUGUCUUUUUCGAGGCAUCUGAGGAGGAAACCAGAAGCUGCACGGCAGCAUUCGCAAACAGCGUCCGGGUUGAUGGCAGUCUGGUCAAAGGCGCACCUCAUUGCAUUGAACUGAGCUAUUGGUCGCAGGGGUGGUACGCGCGUUGUUUCGGAUUUGCGUUGGAAUGCUCCGCCAGUUUAUUCGCUGUUUGUGAAGUUACACAAGAAGCCUAGAAAAUAAGCAGAAGCAGAAUGAUCCAUAUCGCACUGGAGUUCAAGCACAACCACAAUCCCCAGUAAUCGCUAGAAAUCGCUGGUAAUCGCUGUUUGGACAGUAA